AUGCAAAAACAUAUUGUUCAUAAACUUCCCCAUAAAGUCAAAGUGAUUGAAAAUGACUGGAUCCCAUUGAGUGAUGGCACCCGUCUCUCAUGCCGCCUCUGGCUCCCAUUAGAUGGUAAACCACAACCUGCCAUAUUAGAAUAUAUUCCAUAUCGUAAACGAGAUGGAACGAGGACUCGUGAUGAGCCUAUGCAUGGUUAUUUCGCAGGCCAUGGAUAUGCUUGUGUUCGUGUAGAUAUGCGUGGAAGUGGUGAGUCAGAUGGUCUUUUACUAGAUGAAUACCUUCUUCAAGAACAAGAGGAUGCUCUUGAGGUUAUUGAAUGGAUAAGAAAUCAGGUAUGGUGUAAUGGUCGUAUUGGUAUGAUGGGAAAGUCUUGGGGAGGAUUUAAUUCACUUCAAGUAGCGGCACGUCGUCCAGCAGGAUUAGAAGCUAUUAUAACAGUUUGUUUCUCAGAUAACCGCUUUACAAGUGAUAUUCACUGGAAAGAUGGUUGUCUUCUUAAUGAUAAUUUUUGGUGGGGUUCCAUUAUGUUAGCGUAUCAAUCACGUCCAAUAGAUCCUGUUAUUGUUGGAGAACGAUGGAAAGAUAUGUGGCUUCAUCGUCUGGAAAAUAUGCCACUGAAUAUUGCAGACUGGACAGAACAUCAAACAUAUGAUCAGUAUUGGAUGCAUGGGUCAGUUUGUGAGCAUUAUAAUUCUAUAAAUAUUCCUGUAAUGGCAGUAAGUGGAUGGGCAGAUUCAUAUACGAAUUGUGUAUUUACGUUACUCCCAAAUAUAAGGUGUCCAGUAAAGGGAAUUGUAGGACCCUGGGCGCAUAUUUAUCCACAAGAUGGUGUUCCAGAACCGGCUAUAGGUUUCUUACAAGAGUCUCUUAACUGGUGGGAUAAGUGGUUAAAAAAUAAAGAAGAUGGGAAAACUGAAGAAUCAUUAAAAGUAUGGAUUGAACAUUAUAUGCCACCUAAUGUUCAACGCCCUCAAAGUGAGGGUCAUUGGGUCACUUUAUCUCCUUCUAUUCAUUCUCAUUGUACGGUGCAGACUAUGUUACUUGAUAAUGGCAGAUUAUUAGAUACCAAUGAUACAGUAAAUAAGGAGUUUAGAUAUGUUUUACUUAAAACUCCUUUGAAUCAUGGUUUACUUUCAGGUGAAUGGAUGGGAGCUGGAGUAUCAGGUGAAAGUCCUGCUGAUCAACGCCUGGAUGAUGGUCUUGCUAUGGUAUUUGAUGGUCCUAUACUAAAUCAGGAUAUAGAUAUCUUGGGUAUCCCUACAUUUACGGUAAGACUCACAUGUGAUAAACCUAAAGCAAUGCUAUUUGCUCAACUAAGUGAUGUCGCACCAGAUGGUGCAGUUAGACGUGUUUCAUUUGGUAUAAAAAAUUUAACACUAUCUAUGGAUGGUAAAGAAAUUAUGUAUUUACAGGAAGGGAAAGAAUUAUUGGUGUCUAUUAAAUUAGAUUACUGUGGUUAUCGUUUUUCUAAAGGACACCGAAUACGCCUUUCUCUGGCAAACAGUUUUUGGCCAAUGUUUUGGGUUUCUCCUGAAAUCAACACAUUAAGAUUGGAUCUUGACAGUGCGAGAUUUUCUCUUCCCGUACUCACGACGAACGCCACUGCAGGUCCCAAUCCGAAACCAGAAACAGCCGUUCCCACACCCAUUACGAAACUCCGUCCAGGAUUUGUGAAUCGCUCCAUCACGUACGAUAUCACGAAGGAUGAGUGGACCUGCAUUACAGACGGAGUGGGUGGUGUCUUUGGCGAGGGUGUUUACCGCUUUGAUGAAAUUGAUACCACCGUGGAACACAACUUAAAGCGUGAGUUGCGACUUUCUAACAAGGAUCCACUUUCGGCUUAUUACAGUAUUACACAAAAAAUGAAAAUGGGACGCCCGGGAUGGGAGGCAGAUAUUGACAUUAAUACCCGGCAGACAUGUGAUGCGGAUUAUCUUCAUAUACAUGCAGAGAUUAAGGCAAGGAUGAAUAAUGAACUUGUUUUUGAAAAGAAUUGGUAUCGCCGUGUUUAUCGAGAGUCUUUUUAA